UACACACACAUUUAAAUUAAGUAUAUUAUACCGACUUCUGAGUUAUACUCUUUUCCUGAAUUAGAGUUGAUUGGACAUGUAUCCGAGUUUGUGAGUCUCACAUUAGGAACAGGGUGUUUGUACAUGCAGACAUCUCCAUUGCACUGAUGCACCGUGGCAGCUGUUCGGUUGCAUGCAUUGCAUUGCUGCAGUGCUUCCUCAGUCCCUGCACACUGCUCUCCUCUGUCGUCCCCUCCAUCUCUCCUCCACCCCCCCUUCCCUCCUCCAUCCUCGUCAUCCUCUGCCCACAUUACAUCUUCCCUUCCUCCGUUCUCUCCUUCACCCACCGACUCUCUCGAUCUUUCUCGGUGUGAACGAUGAUCUCACAGGGACACAGCAGCAUAAAUGGAAUAGUUAGGGAUUGUUCUGGAGACGCUCUACCACUGCGGACUAUUGCAGCCACCACAUACAUCCCGUCCUCCACCUCCUCCUCCGUUCUUCCAGUCAUCUCUUUCUCUUCCCUAAUCAACAAAAAAAAAAUCUAUGGCAGUGUCCUCCUAUCCGGCCUCCACUUUCCUUCCAUCAAAUGUUCUCUCUUCUGCUCUGUUCCUUUCCCGCCCCUCCCCACCCAUUUCUAACCAUCUACUCCAGUUUCUAUCGUCCCCCUCUCCUCCCUUCCUGUCCACCGUCCCUGUGGGGGACAGUAAUCUGCAUCUUCCUCCUCUUGGCCGGCUCCCCUGCCUUUCUCAUAGUCUCUCUUCAGUCGUCACUUUCCACCUUCUCUCUGUCAGUUUUUUUUCUUCUUUUUGCUAGCUUCACCACAGCACUAAUUACUUAAUGUCUCUCAUCCCAUUGUCACACUUUCCUCAUUAUUUCCCUCCAACUGUGUGGAUUUCUCUCAUUUGGAUACGGAGGAAAAAGUUAUCGCGCUAAAAAUAUCACAGGUAGUGAUAUUUAUCACAACAAAGAUAAGUUAUGAUGGUUCUACUGUAUAAAGAGUCAAGCUAUAUGCUGCGACUGUGACGUCGCUUAACUGUUGUUUUAAAAGACGUCUCUGUUUGUGGAGGUUAUCAGCCACAUGUUUUUGGAAAUGUUUGCAAGUGGUGUGCUUGUUAACAUGAGAACUUGACUUUGCUCAGUUAAACACUAAUCACACAUCCUCAGGGUUUCCCUAAAAGGUUUAAAGUACUUCACUUGAAGUAAAGCGUUCCUCUGCUGAAACAUUAAUGCAUAUUUAGGAUUUACUUAACAGAGCGCAGGUCACAUGCUCAGGUUUAAUGACAGUGAGGUGAUGGUUUUAACUAGGGCUGUGCUAAAAAAUCGAUGGCAAUAUAUCGCAAUAUUUAUUUAGGUGAUAUACUACAUCGAUUUCCAGCUCCAAAAAUCGGUAUUUCGAAGGAAGAAAAAAACCCCUGUUUUAAACGGGUUGUGAAUUACAGCCUCCGCUCCUGUAGGUGUCGCAGUGCAACUGGUUGGCUCGAACUGCCGGGUGCCGUUUCUGGCAGAGUGAGAAAUGAAGGCAGCAUGUCGACUGAUAAUAUUUGAGCGGCGCCUUCAAAAUAUAAAGCCGAUGUGUGGGUGCACUUCGGUUUCAAAAACAAACCAGGGAGCAUGGACUUUGAUAAAGCAAAUGCAAUUUGCAAGCUCUCUCACGCUGCCGUAAAAUAUUCAGGUAACACAACCAACUUGCGAACUCACCUCGUCAGACGCCAUGCAGACACAAUAAAGCUACAGCAACAACCAACACCUGUCGACCCGAGGCAAACUACGUUGGAUGAUACCACGAACAAAUUUUCAUCUACCUCAUCUCGAGCUGUGAAGAUUACGGAGUCGGUGGUGCUUUUUAUUUGUCAUGAUUUGCGGCCCUAUAGUGUGGUUGAAAACACCGGCUUCAGGUACAUGGUCAACACCAUGGAGCCGCGCUAUGUGAUCCCCACUCGCAAACACAUAACGGAGGUGGCUGUGCCAAGGAUGUAUGAAGAAGUGAAGCAAGUAGUAAAAACAUCUCUUGGCUCAGCAGAAAGAGUUGCCCUUACCUGCGAUGGUUGGACAUGGAGAGCCACGGAGUCUUAUGUUACGAUCACGUCGCACCACAUCAAUCAGGAAUGGAAACUUUCUCAUGUGUUGCAGACGAGGGCAAUGCAUGAGAGCCAUACUGGCAGUAACAUCGCCGAGCUGUUGAAACGUGCAUUGGAGGAAUGAGACAUAACAAGCAAGGACCCGGCCACAGUCACUGACAACGCGUCAAACAGGACCAUCGCAGCGCAGCUAGGUGGUAUGCUACAUUUCAAAUGUUUCGCGCACACCUUAAAUCUGGCUUCACAGCGCGCGCUGAAGCUAACACCAGUCGCACGGUUGCUCGGAAGAGUGAGAAGAAUAACCAGCUUUUUCAGACGCAGCACCACAGCCAGCCAUGUUCUGCGUGAAAAACAAAAGCUGCUAAAUCUGCCUCAACACAAAUUGCUCGCUGACGUUGUUACCAGAUGGAACAGUGCUCCUGGCAUGCUGCAGCGCUUCCUGGAGCAACAGCCAGCCAUCCAUGCUGCCCUCCUCUCAGCUGAGGUGAGGAAGACAGAGAAGGAGAUCUGCACCUUAAGCGAGUCAGACAUAACAGCUGCUGAAGAAGUAGUCACUGCUAUGAAGCCCAUGAAGGUAGCUACACUUGUUAUGUCACAGGAGACAACUCCAACACUAUCAGUUGUAGCACCACUCCAUGCCCAGCUGAUCCAUGAUCUACAAGACAGUCCAACUGAUUCCAACUUGACAAGGGAAAUCAAAUCUGCUGUAUGCCAGGAUCUUAAAGAGAAGACCAACGCCAGGACAUCUGUGCUAGAAUCAUCACAGAAGCUGCAAGGAGCAAGGGGGCAUUUCAGCAGAGUGAGACUGGAGUGGAGACAGGAGAGACAGACUGAUGUGAAUGUAUUGCCAGAAGACGACGAGGACAGCAAUCAAGGUCCUGUGCAAGAAGACAUCUCUGCAGUUCCGUUCAAGAGAUCCAGGCAUUCUUGCUCUCUAGCUGACUUACUUGGUCAAACAUAUGCUGCAGGUGCUGCAAAGAAGUUGAAAACCGCAGAGGACCAGGCAAAGGAGGAGAUGGCAAGAUACAAGGAGGAAGCUCCCAUGCCACUUGUGAACAAUCCACUGGACUGGUGGAAAGAUCAUCAGAGCGAGUAUCCUCUCUUGUCACACGUUGCAAAGAGAUACCUGUGUAUUCCGGGGACUAGCGUCUCUUCGGAGAGAGUUUUUUCUACUGCAGGGGACAUUAUCACAGCACAGAGGAGUGCACUUUCCCCAGACCAUCUUGAUCAGAUUCUGGUCCUAAACAAAAAUCUGAAAAAGUAGGCCUGCCAAUGUAUCCAUCCAAGGGUUGGACUACAUGUUCUAUGUUUACAACAUACUGACUAUUUGUUCUAUUCAUUUUGUUUAUAUAGGCUUAUAUAUAUUUAAUAUUAUAUAUUAUAUAUAUAUAUAUAUUUAAUAUGCACUAUGUUGUACAUUUCAGUUCAUUGUGUUAAGUACCUGUGUAUAUGCACUUUAUUUUCUUGUUUUAAAUGUCAGAUUGUCCACUGCAGUGCUUUCAGUUAAAGUGCAAGAGUGCUAUUAAAGAAUGGAGAAAUACAUUGAAAAGGAAUUACAUUGUUUUGACUCAAUUUGUCUGCUGCUUUCAGUUAACUGUGGAAUAUCGCAAUAUAUCGCAAUAUGCAUCGUAUCGCAAUGUAUCGUGAUAUAAUCCUAUCGUGACCCAUGUAUCGUGAUGCGUAUCGUAUCGUGAAGUCCUUGCCAAUACCCACCCCUAGUUUGAACUCAUCUGAUAACUACAUACAUAAUGAUUCACGCCAGGAUCUGACUGAUUCACCUCAAUAUGUGAAAGAUUGAUCCUAUCAUACAUUUUGUUUAGCAGUUAUUAUUUAGUGCAGCUCGUCACUGCCGGGAAAAAGUAGAGACAAACAAUCAGGUGCAAUCACACCGUGUAUGAGGGGAAAGAGAGAAAAAAAAUCCUAUUAGUUAUCAGCUCUGCUAAUCUUGACACCACAAAAUAUUAAUUCUAGUGUCAAACAGUAACUGGGUUGUUGCUUUUUUUGUUCUGUUUUGGAAAAAACCUUUGGUCUGUGGUUUUCACAAAACCUAUAACCGUUAACCAUUUGUUUUUCUCACAAACCUCUGCUGCUUCAUUGGCUGGAAGGGAACUUGAUUAGAGCCGCAACAAUUAAUCAAUUAAUCAAUUAAGCAGUUCAAGUAAUUUUAAUGGGAAAGAAAAUGUAAAAAUUC